AUGGGCCUUUUGGGAAGGGGCAAGAGCUGCUUGGCGGCCGGCUUGCUGAAGGACCAAUUGGCAAUCGUCACCGGCGGGGCCACGGGUAUCGGAAAGGCCAUCGCCAUCGAGCUCCUGAACCUGGAGUGUAAUGUGGUCAUUGCAUCUCGUAACUUUAAUAGAUUAAAAUCGACUGCAGAAGAACUGAAAGCCAGCCUGCCCCACACCAACCAGGCUCAGGUCACUCCCAUAAAAUGCAACAUUCGCAAAGAAGAGGAGGUGAACAGUUUGAUCAAAUCCACCUUAGAUAUUUAUGGUAAGAUCAAUUUUUUGGUCAACAAUGGAGGAGGCCAGUUCAUGUCUUCUGCAGAACACAUCAGUGCAAAGGGAUGGCAUGCUGUGAUCGAAACCAACUUGACGGGCACUUUCUACAUGUGCAAAGCAGUUUACAGCUCGUGGAUGAAAGAACAUGGAGGGUCUAUUGUCAAUAUUAUUAUCCUUACUAAGAAUGGACUCCCAGGAUUUGUGCACAGUGGAGCUGCCAGAGAAGGUGUUUAUAACCUCACCAAAACCUUAGCUGUGGAAUGGGCCAGCAGUGGAGUAAGGAUCAACUGUGUUGCCCCUGGCGUCAUUUAUUCCCCGACUGCUGUUGACAACUAUGGUCCUUUAGCAGAAGACACUUUUGCUGCGUGCUUUGAGGGAAUCCCAGCUAAGCGAAUUGGAAUUCCUGAGGAGAUCUCCCCAAUAGUCUGCUUCCUGCUGUCUCCAGCAGCUUCCUUUAUCACUGGACAGUUGGUGGAGGUGGACGGGGGCCAGUCUCUAUAUACGCGAAUAUAUGAUGUACCAGAUCAUGACAACUGGCCUGAGGGAGCAGGGGACAUUUCUGUUGUCAAAAGGAUGAAGGAAUCUUUCAAGAAUAAAUCCAAGCUCUAA